CCGCAGUACCUGACGAGGGACGACGCGAGGACCAACCAUCGGCCAGGUACGCCAUCACUCAAGGGCGAACAGUGUGCCAGAUAAGCCGUGUCCACUUCAGUGGUUCACUUUACCAGGAAAUCAACAGCUCAGGAUAUUGCUAUCCUGUGGAUAACUGGAUUAGUGUGGGGGAGGACCAACAAUGUCGUCACACAAAGGGAAAUACAUCCUGCUAGUGCUAGCAGCUCUCUACGUCUGCUCCAGUACUGCCGCCAGCACGGCUGUGGCCUACAAGUUCUGCUACACCAUCUUGAACCAGAGCAAGGAGGACACGGCUCGCUGCUACGACAAGCCUCAGAGCUACAUCAUUGACGGCAGGGACCCCGCCAUCUUGACCUACUUGUGCUGCCUGGGCUACUUCGGCGACGUGAGCAAGAACUACAUCCAGUACCUGGCCGACGAGUUCCUGGUCUUUAUAGCCGGCCAGCAGUCCGACACGACGCUGCCAGACAUCGCUCUCUUUGCCCGGAUGUGUGCCGACGGCAGGUUCCGACAGCUGACCGUCAGUGACUUCAUGUACUGGCUCGACAGGAGAACUGACACGUCUUGUCUGAACCCUGGCAGACAGGUCCGGAGUAACAUUGACGGACAGGUCCGAAGUAACCUCAACAGACAUGUCCGGAGUAACCCUGACGGACACGCCCAAAUUAACAACCUAGCAACAGGAACAUGAAAUGGACAUAUUUGUUCAGGGAUGACCAUUUAUGACUAUGUUGACACCUGUUAAAAUGUGUGUAAAUAAAUGGAAUAUUUUAAAAAUAUUGUGCAGAUUGAUUCAAACUAUUGAAGUACUGGCAUAGGCGGAUCUAGAGGUGACUGGGAGGGGGAAAAAUAGCUUGCACAAAAUAUUUUGUUGUUAUUUCAAACUGAAAUGCUAAUACUGGUGUUUAUUGGCAGGAGCUGCUUGAGACCUAAAUACUAAAACAAAAAAGCUCCAGGCUGGCCAAUGCAACUCUCCCCCCCCUUUUGUCUCCCAUCUGUGCCCCAUAUGUGUGUACAGUUCUAAGGAUGUCAACAACUGUACCAGUAUCUGUCUAGGUGCUAUACCACAUCAGACAUGUCAGCCAUAUGUGGUGGUGGAACUAAAACAAAAAG